AAAGAAGACGAUAGAGAGAAGUUCGUUUCGAGACGUUGGCGGACUUCAGACAAAAGUUUUACCGGAAUUCAUAAUUCCCGUUUCACGUCCGGUUUGGGGUUUCAAUCUUUCGAUGCCACCCGGAUAGAGGGAUUUUGAAUUUGAAUCGAAAUUUGGGUUCAGGUCCGCUCCAUGUCUGUACUUGAUACCGAAUAUUCACUGUUCAAUUGAGGGUUGUGUUGUUGUUUGUUUGAGUUUAAGAUCUGUAGACCUGGGAAAUUGAGGAGAGGCUGUUGUUGGAGUCGUCGUGGCGAUGUUGACGCCGCAGAAGAAGAUGUGGAGCGGGUGGUCACCUACCCCAAGGAGGGACGCCCAGAAGACUGGUGAUUCAAACUCGAAUGGGCCAAGUCCGAGUCUGAACGGUGUGCGGCCGGUUGAGACUUCCUUUAAUCGAGAGGAAUUAUUGGAGAAGAUCACCAAGCUCGAAAAUGAGCUUUUCGAUUACCAGUAUAACAUGGGGCUCCUCUUGAUUGAGAAAAAAGAGUGGGCUUCUAAAUAUGAAGGACUUGGGCAGGCAUUGGCAGAAGCUACGGAAACUGUCAAGCGGGAGCAAGCAUCACAUUUAAUUGCUAUUUCUGAUGUUGAGAAGCGAGAAGAGAAUUUAAGGAAGGCAUUGGGUGUUGAGAAACAGUGUGUGCUUGAUCUGGAGAAGGCUUUGCGUGAAAUGCAUUCCAAAAAUGCAGAAAUUAAAUUUACAGCUGAUUCAAAGUUGGUGGAAGCAAAUGCUUUAAUUACUAGCAUCGAAGAAAAAUCUCUCGAGGUUGAGGCAAAAUUGUACAAUGCUGAUGCAAAGCUUGCUGAAGUAAGCAGAAAGAGUUCAGAGAUUGAGCGAAAAUUCCAAGAGGUGGAAUCUCGAGAGAAUGUGAUUCGAAGGGAACGCAAGUCUUUCAUUGCAGAGCGAGAAGUGCAAGAAACUAAUUUGUCGAAGCAGAGGGAGGACUUACGAGAAUGGGAGAGGAAAUUACAGGAGGGAGAAGAGAGGCAAUCAAGAUUACAGAGGAUCAUUAGCCAGAGAGAAGAGAGAGCAAACGAGAAUGAUAGGAUCUUUAAACUGAGAGAGAGUGAUCUUGAAGAGGCACAAAAGAAAAUCAAUCAAACAAAUGCAUCUUUGAAAAAGAAGGAAGAAGACAUAAGCAGCAGGCUAACAGAUUUAGAGCUCAAACAGAAGGAAUAUGAUUCUAUGAAGGAGAGAUUGGUGGUGAAAGAGAGGGAGCUACUUGUGCUAGAAGAGAAAUUAAAUGCCAGAGAAGGAGUUGAGAUUCAAAAGCUUGUUGAUGAACACAAUGCUUUAUUGGAUGCGAAGAAGCGCGAAUUUGAUUUGGAACUUGAUCAAAAGAGGAAAACCUUUGAUGAGGAUUUGAAAAGCAAGGUGGUUGAAGUGGAGAAGAAGGAAGCCGAAAUUAAUCACAUCGAAGAGAAAGUUUCAAAAAGAGAACAGGCAUUGGAUAAGAGAUUGGAAAAGCUUAGGGAGAAAGAGCUGCAAUAUGAAUCGAAGUUUAAAGCUCUAGAGGAAAUGGAAAAGGCAAUUAAAUCUGAGGAGAAUAACUUGGUGACUGAGAGGAAACAGAUUGCUGCUGAUAAUGAAGAUUUACUACGUUUGAAGACUGAAGUUGAGAAAAUAAGGGCUGACAAUGAGGAACAAUUAAUGACGAUUCGUGAAGAGAACAAUCGGCUCAAAAUAAGUGUGGAAGAGAGGUCAGAAUAUUUGCAUCUGCAAUCAGAGCUGAAAGAGGAAAUAAAAAAGUGCAGGGUCCAGGAAGAAUUGCUUUUGAAGGAAACAGAGGAUUUGAGGCAGCAAAAGGAAUUGUUUGAGAGAGAAUGGGAACAGCUAGAUGAGAAAAGAGUUGAGAUUGAGAAAGAGUUGAAGAGUGUCAUCGAACAGAAGGAAAAAUUUGAAAAGCAGACACACUAUGAAGAAGAGAGAUUAAAAAGUGAAAAGCAGCUGACACAGGAUUACAUUAAGAGGGAGCUGGAAGCUCUUGAAGCUGCAAAAGAAUCAUUUGCAGCCAGCAUGGAGCAUGAUCAGUCCAUGAUGUCUGAGAAAGUGCAAUGUGAAAGAAACAAAUUCCUUCAUGAAUUUGAGAUUCUGAAAACAGAACUUGAGACUGAUUUGCAGCAUAGGCGGGAGGAGUUGGAAAAACAGUUGCAUGAGAAGGAGAAGUCAUUCAAUGAAGAGAAAGAUAGAGAACUGGGCAGUAUAAAUAAAUUGAGGGAAGUAGCUUCAAGGGAAAUGGAAGAGAUGAGGCUUGCGAAACUUAAAAUUGAAGAAGAGACACUUAAAGUGGCAGAAAAUCAGAAGCUGCUUGAAGAACAGCAACUUGAUAUGCGAAAAGAUAUUGACAAGCUUGUUGACCUUAGUGAGAAAUUGAAAGACCGGAGAGAACAAUUCAGUAAAGAGAAAGAGCGUUUCAUUUUAUUUGUUGAGCAACACAAGAGUUGCAAAACUUGUGGUGAACUAACCUCUGACUUUGUGCUUACUGAUUUACAAGUUUUUCAAGAAGUUGAGAAUAUAGAGGUUCCAAAAGUGGUUAAUGAUUAUCUGAAUAAAGGUGUUCAUAUAGAUGCAGCUGAGGCUGAAAGGCAAAGAAGUCCCAAAGUGGAUGAUUUAAAGUCUCCAACUUCUGGUGGAACAGUUUCUUGGCUCCGAAAGUGUACCUCAAAGAUAUUCAAGUUCUCUCCAAACAAAAAGAUUGAGCCUAUUGCCCUUCAGAAUUUCAAUGAAGAGGAACCUCUCUCUGGUGAGCGUGAUAACGGGGAGGGACCAUCAAAUAGAUUGAGCAAAACUCAAAAUGAAGCUGAGCCAUCAUAUGUGAUUGCUAAUGAUUCUUUUGAUGUUCAGAGGAUCUCAUCUGACACCAGUGGCAGAGAUGCUGAUGCUAGCCAGGAUCUAUCAGUUGAUCAUCACAGCAACAACAGUAAGGCACCUGAAGUACUUGCUGAUUCCCAUGUUCCUGAUUUGAAGCGUGGCCGGCAGCCUCGCAGGAGAGGAAAACCUAGAGUAAAUAGAACACACUCCGUGAAGGCAGUCGUCCAAGAUGCAAGGGCCAUUCUUGGGGAAGCUUUUGAUGCCGAGCACCAAAAUGGAACUGCUGAGGAUUCUGGUGAUCUGAUUAGUGAAAGCAGGGGUGAGUCUAGCCUUGCUGAUAAGGGAACUACAAGAAAUCCCAGAAAGCGUAGUCAUGCUCGCACAUCUCAAGUAACUAUGAGUGGGCAAGCUGGUGAUGACAGUGAAGUGCAGUCUGAUAGUGUAACAGCUGUUCAGCAUAAGAAGAGGCGACAAAAAGUUGCUGAAGACGUGCAAACUCUGGGUGAAACUCGAUAUAACCUCCGGCGGCGUCCGAGAAUUGGAAAAACAGCUCCAGCUGCUAGAGCCUUGUCUGCUGUAAACAAACAAAAUGAGAAUGUGGUGGAAGGUAUUAGAGAUUCGGAUGAUGGGGUCAUCACCUCUAAGGCUGCUCCUGUGUCUUUGGCUGGAGUUGCUAGUGAGAAUGGCAGAAGCUCACGACUGGUACGGUGUGGAAAACUGGAAGAUGAUCAAGGUGAAGCCGGAAAAUCAAAGUUGGCUGAAAAUAUGGCACUGAGUGAAGAAGUGAAUGGGACACCAGAAAGAGCUGGUAAAUUUGGUGGAGACGAGUAUCGAACUGAUGAGGACGAGGAUGCUGACAACAACGACGAUGAUGAUGAUGGGGGAGAGUCUCAACAUGUUGGGGAAGCAUCAAUAGGAAAGAAACUUUGGACCUUCCUUACAACAUAAUAUUCUAGUCAUGUUUUCUUUUUGGGUGGCUUUCUAGGUUUGUAAGGUAUAUCAUUUAUCUUCUUUUGUAUUUUCGAUCUCGACUAGCGGUCUGUAUUAACAUUUUCAUUGUAGUUAACAGCAAUAUGUUCUCAAAGAAGGGUUUUCCUGUGUUCUUUGUUCUUUUUUUUUAAUCGAGGAUUAGGAUGUCAUGGGGCUACUCCAUUUAUCAUUAUUAUUGCUAUUUUUCCAACAACCUCAGGGGUUUGAUGUAAUACCAACUCUUAUUUCAUGGACGAGUAUUUUGCAGAUUGUGUAUUGAAUAGAAAAUGAUUGUUUUUAGCUGA